AUGUCAGGAGGAGGGCAAGUGUCGGUAUUUGUAGUCAUGCGACCGCACCGCCAUCGCCAAGGGUCUGAGGUGCACGCUAGCAUUGGACGCCUGAGAAGCCAUGCUUUAAGUAGUCCGUUCACAUGGCGACGGACGUUUUCGGCUUGCUCCACUCGAACCUUGAAGAUGCGUGAGAUGCUUGGCCCGAGUAGCUUCGACAACAACCGAAUGCCGAUUGGCGUGCAAGCAGAUACGAGGAAACUCUCUAAGAAGCCACAUGAGGGAAAGAUGGGACAGGCCGCUGAUUCCGACGAUAUGGCGGCCUUAAUGAGAUAA